AUGAACUUCCACAUUCUGGGCGUCGUCUUCAGCAUCGCCUCCACGCUACUUCGCGGGGGCAAAACUAUUCUCCAGAAGAGGCUGCUCUCUUCUGAAGAUCAGGCCAUAGGGAAAGAAGGUUCACAAGUGGUACCCCAGAUCAGCUCCGUUGCCCUGUUGAAUCUCAUGGCGCCACAGGUGACCCCCUCUGGUGCUCUUGCGAGAUGCUCUGCUUCCUCUAAGUGCCUCGCCAUCCUAUUCGUGGCUUCCUGUUCCAUGGAAGGGUUGGAGCCCUGGGAUAGGAUGCUAUUCAGUGAAAACAGUGAAGUCACAUUGCACUUGUGGAUUCUAUUCAACUGCCUUAACGCUUGUCUCCUCAACCUCUCUAACUUCAUCACUGCUUCUUUCGUAUCUCCCCUCACCCUUCAGCUGCUCGGCAACGUCAAGACCGUCCUUGGUAUCUUCAUCUCGGCGCUGAUAUUCGGUAACGCAGUGACACCCGCACAGGCCGCGGGCUGUGGCGCGGCUGUUGGUGGGGUCUACGUCUACCAGAGGUUUGGCAGAUCUUAUGAGAGAACUUCUAAUCACUCGGUUACGAAGACGGCUUCGGCUGACUCUAUGGAGACUUCUACCCCGCAUAUCACGACGGACGGUCUUCGACCUGUCUAG